CAGUGCGAGACGAGAUCUCGUUGCUGAUGGAAGUGUGUUUCCAGCUUGCCAGCUGCCGUGUGUAAAAACUGGCAACAGAAAUAAAUAUAUAAUUUAUUUAUUUAAACAAAAUAACAAAAAAAAAAACAUUUUAUUUUAGUUUUCUAUAAACUUCUGCAGUGGCGAUACUGAAAAAUACAUGAGAAAAGAACAGACAUUGGGAAGUGUGAAAAUAAAAAAACAAAUACUUUGAGUGAAAUUGAAAGAAAAUUUUAAUUUAUAAAAAUAUGUACUGAAUGUGGUUUGGAAAAGCUUUUUUUCGUUAAAUAGUGUUCAUUGAUUUCCAAUAAUUGAUUGCUGAUUGUUAAAUUCAAAUGAUAACAUAAGCUGCUGAGAGAUAUAAAAUAUAUAAAACUGCAAGCAAAAAAAUAUGUGAAAAUUUUGAAAAUAACAAAUGAAUUCAACGCUAAGCUAUACCAUCCGCACAACCCAACAACAACCAUAACAGCAACAACAAUAGCAACCAAUAACAAUAAUUACAGUCUAUAAAGUCGACAACAGUUCAUCAUCAAAAAUAAAACGCUUAAACCACAACAACCACAACAACAAUUGCAAACUACUGCCCAACCCCAACACACAAAUAAACGGUCAUUCAGAGAGAGAAAAAAAAUCAAAUAAAAGCAGCGAUUAUCCUUGUCAACAUCCUUGCCGCCCCAAAAAAGAAUUUCAACAUAGUAACAAGCGGGUGGCGCAAUGCAAUCGUCUGAUUCUGGAGAUGGAGCAAAAAACUUCAAUCAGCACAUCACCAGUCAUUUGGCAUCAUCAUCAUCUACAGCACCAGGAGCUACAGCAGCAGCAGCAGCAACAACAACAACACUAACCAAUGCAACAACACCCGCACAACAACAUUACAACAAAGUCAACGAAUCAAAUAGCAACACACCCAGCAAGAAUCCCUUCAAACAAGCACUACCAACAACACAGUGGCGGAACGAAGAACCAAUAGUAACAACAACACAACGUCAGAACGGCAAGAACACCAACUACAAGCACAACGCUCCGCAUGGCAUCGAAGCAGGUCAUGGAAAUUUUGGCGUCGAUGGCACAACAACAGCGCCGACAACAAACUCGACCACAGAUCCGGCAGCAAUCAAGACACCAGGACGGCAUUAUGUUACACAAGCGCAAACACAACCGCCGCUACCGCCACCGGACGAUUGCCGGCAGGAGGAUUAUCGUGCCGCCGGUUCAAUUGCGACUUUCAAGAAUUGGAUGAUCGGUUGGCGAGGCUCACGACAACUCGUCUUGAUCAUUGUGGCCAUUGCGUUGUUAUUGGAUAAUAUGCUGUUGACAACUGUCGUUCCUAUAAUACCCGAGUUCCUGUACGACAUACGUCAUCCCGAUGCACCGCUCGACAGUUUUCCACGUACACCACUCACCACGCACACACCAGCGCCACCAACACCAUCGCCCUGUAGUGCAGAUGGUGAACCACUGCCUAUCGCGGAAGUAGUAACGCUGAGUCCGGAAGAAAAUUUCACGCUAUAUAGGGAAAUGGAAGAGCGACACAAAGAGCUGGUGGGCGAGACAGUUGAAGUGGGUAUACUGUUUGCAUCGAAAGCUUUCGUACAGCUGUUAGUUAAUCCCAUCGUUGGACCUCUGACGCAUAGAAUCGGCUACAGCAUACCGAUGUUUGCCGGUUUCGUUAUUAUGUUUAUAUCGACCAUAAUCUUCGCUUUCGGACGCUCUUACUUGGUGUUAUUUAUUGCCCGUGCGCUACAAGGCAUCGGUUCUUCAUGCUCCUCCGUCUCCGGUAUGGGUAUGUUAGCCGAUCGUUACACGGACGAUAAAGAGCGCGGCAAUGCGAUGGGUAUAGCGUUGGGUGGCUUGGCUUUGGGUGUACUCAUUGGACCGCCUUUCGGUGGUGUUAUGUAUGAGUUCGUUGGAAAAUCAGCGCCAUUUUUAAUACUCUCCGCAUUGGCGCUGGGCGAUGGUUUACUACAACUCUUCAUGCUACAACCGUCGAUACAACGUGCCGAAACGGAACCACCAUCAUUGAAGGCGUUGAUUAGUGAUCCGUAUAUAUUGAUCGCAGCGGGCUCUAUAACCUUCGCAAAUAUGGGCAUUGCCAUGUUGGAACCGUCCUUACCACUUUGGAUGGUUGAUAAUAUGGGCGCUACACGUUGGGAACAAGGUGUUGCCUUCUUGCCGGCUUCCAUAAGUUAUUUGGUUGGUACAAAUCUUUUUGGACCGUUGGGUCAUAAGAUUGGACGUUGGUUUGCCGCUUGCUUGGGUUUGAUUAUUAUCGGUUGUUGUUUGAUUAUGAUACCCAUGGCCACCUCCAUAGUCCAUCUCAUCAUACCCAAUGCUGGCUUGGGUUUCGCCAUCGGCAUGGUCGACUCAUCAAUGAUGCCCGAACUGGGAUUCCUCGUAGAUAUACGUCACUCGGCUGUUUAUGGCAGUGUUUAUGCCUUGGGUGAUGUUGCUUUCUGCGUAGGGUUUGCUGUUGGACCCGCUCUCAGCGGUACACUGGUCAAAUCGAUCGGUUUCGAAUGGAUGUUGGUGGGCAUUGCAAUUUUAUGCUUCCUUUACGCACCACUCUUGACACUGCUUAAGAAUCCACCAACAAAAGAGGAGAAAAAGGUUGGUACCACCACUAAUGAAGACACUGUCGCUGAGGCUGAAGCUGUAGUUGCGGCUGAAGCAACUGCACUAGCGCCGCCGUGCGCUAAUGGCGGCACAUUGAAUGUUGGCAAUGAUGUGUUGAUCUUGGCGACGGCCAAGAGCCCAGCCAUUAUGCAUGAGGGCAUGACGAAUGAGGCUUUUGAAUGUGAACGUCUUUGAGUUGCAAAACGGUUUUCUGUUAAUUUUGAUUAUUAUUAUUUUUAUUUUUUUUUAUCAUAUGUUACUGCUGCUUGUGUCUUCGUUCCUUAAGAGAGCGCAAAAUGCUUGAGUUGAAACAAAGCGUUUUGUUUAAAGUAUUUCAUAUACGAGUACAUUGAUACUUUUCUAAUUUUUAUAUUUUUGUAACAUAUUUUAUAAAUAUAUAAGAAUCU